AUGGGAGACGGAAGGAUGCCGCGUGCACCUGGGAAUGGUGCCGUGAUGAGGAGAGAAAAACACGAAUGGCCUGGAUACCUAGGGAUGGAUUUUCAUACAUUAGGAGGACGGAGAUUGCGUUGUCAAGCGAAUACCCUGGGCGCAGCAUGUCGUCGAACACUGCGGCCCAACCCACUUCUUUUUCGAGUCUCUUUGCAACAACAGACAACUGGGUUUUUUGGUUUAAUUCCACGGUUGCAAAGAGGCGCAGCAAGGCCAGUCAAGCGUAUGAAAGGAACGAAAGAAGAUGGAAAGUUACUAGUACUUUCCGGAUUUCCUGCCCCUUUCUCGAGAUAUAGAGAGCGGGCAGUAUGUGGUGAUACACAAAAGGGAAAAGCCAGAGGAUGA